AUGUCUCGAGGUCCGGAUGAUGUCAGUAAGCUCACUGAAAGUACAUACAAGAAUGUUAUGGAACAGUUUAACCCAGGCCUACGGAACCUGGUGAACCUUGGCAAAAGCUAUGAAAAGUCUGUGACCGCCAUGGCCAUCGCUGGAAAGACCUAUUUUGACGCUGUGGGUAAGAUAGGAGAGACCGCCCACAAGUCUCCAGCGUCCAGAGAUCUCGGUGAAGUGUUGAUGGAAAUUGCUGAAGCUCAUCGAAAAAUCCACAAUGAAAUGGAAGAAAAUCUGAAGAGGUUUCACCGAGACAUUAUCGUGGAGCUGGAGAAGAAGACAGAGAUGGAUGUCAAGUACAUGAACGCCACAUUCAAGCGUUACCAGUCGGAGCACAGGCUGAAGCAGGACUCUCUGGAGCGCACACAGACCGACCUGAAGAAGCUGCGGAGGAAAAGCCAAGGGAAACAUGCAAACAAAUAUGAAAUCAGAGAGAACGAGUACUUGGAGACCAUCUCGUCGCGACAGAUGGACAUGCAGAAGUUCAUCGCAGACGGCUGCAAAGAGGCUCUGCUGGAGGAGAAGAGGCGCUUCUGCUUCCUGGCCGACAAGCACUGCAUGUUCUCCUACCAGAUGAGCAACUUCCACCACAAGGCCAAAGACAUUCUGCUGGAGCGUUUCCCCAGUUGGCAGGAGAAGUGCUCAGACGUCAGUGAGGUCCCGGAAACCGUGUCCACCAUGAUCGAGCGUCUGACCACCACUCCACAGGCCACGCCCCUAAUGCAGCGCAACCACACGAACAAUAUCAAUAUUCCUCCUCCGGCGCCGCAGCUCAAAGCUCAGACCAGUCCACUUGCAAACAUGUUCAACCAGGAGCCUGUGUUCUCUCUGCCCUCCUCCCCAGACCAUAACUCAGACCAGAGCAGCCUCGGAGACUCCAACCUGUCUAGAUCUACGUCCCAGUCCUCGGAUAUUAACUUGUCCCAGAAGCCGCGAGUGAGGACCAUUUUUCCCCACACAGCCGGCAAUAAUGAAACACUGCUGAGCUUUGACGACGGGGACAUCAUCAUCCUCCUGAUCUCGGAGGAGAAGGACGGCUGGCGCUACGGCGAGCUGGAGAAGACUGGACAGCGCGGCUGGUUCCCCUCGUCCUACUGCAGACCGUACUCUGAGUCCAACAGUCACCCGACCGCACACAGAGGCAGCGUGGCCAGCCUGCCGGACCCCAGCGAGCCGGUGCUGCUGCCCCCCCCGGACUACAGCGACGAGGUGCCCUCCACCCCCGUGAUUACUUCAGCGCGGUCAGCACAGAACCUGGUAACACUUGUCAAUGGGCCGUCAAAAGCACCUUUUCUGGGGGAGGCCAAUCCGUUUGCUACAGUGAAGCUGAGACCAACGGUGACGAAUGACCGUAACAAGACGCUUUUCUCGGGUUGUGAAAACUCGCUCAAGGUGGAACCAUGCCCAUCUCUCUGCUUUGGGCGGUGGACGUCCAUGGGCGGGUGUACACAGUGCUGCUGGGGCAUCGCUUGUGACAACAACAUUUAUCUGAACGUUCAUGCAUCUGACCUGCCUGUGCGCUUCCAGGAGGAGACCUAUGAGAAUCAGAGGUGGAACCCAGUGGAUGGUUUUUCUGAGCGCCUGUUGCCGAGUGACCGCUGGCAGUGGAGUGAUGUGAGCGGCCUGCAGCACCAGCCUCUACACGGGUUCCAGCUUCCCUCCAGCAGCUGGGAGUGGGAGGGCGACUGGUUUCUAGACGAGAACUUUGAAGGAGAGCCCACAGAAAGAGAGGGAUGGACCUAUUCCAUCGACUUUCCUGCUAACUACACAAAAGAUAAGAAGUGGAACUCUUGUGUCCGUCGCAGGCGCUGGCUACGCUACAGAAGAUACAAAGCCAUGGACUCGUGGGCCAAGAUUCCCUCACAGCAGACAACUUUACCAGACCCCUUUAAUGACAUCAGCUGCGGAGGCUGGGACAUCACUGAGGAACCCCGCGGACGCCUGUCACUGUGGGCUGUGUCCCUGCAGGGCAAAGUGUGGUUCAGAGAGGGAAUCUAUCACCACAGCCCAGAGGGCUCGAGCUGGGAGGAGCUGCAGCUCCCUGGAGAGGUGGUCCAGAUCAGCUGUGGCCCUGGGGACCUGGUGUGGGCUGUGCUGUGGGAAGGCCAGUUCAUAGUGAGGGAAGGGAUCGGGCGGGACUGUCCUAAAGGUUCAUUUUGGACUGUGGUGGACUCUCCAAGCCCAGAUGUGGGAGCCAUACAUGUGGCUGUGGGAGCCAAUGUUGUGUGGGCAGUUACAAAAGACAAUAAGGUUUGGUUCAGGCGUGGAGUAAACUCCCAUAAUCCCUGUGGCUCUGGCUGGAUCAACAUGGUGGGGGAAAUGUUGAUGGUCACCGUGGGACUCAAUGACCAGGUGUGGGGCAUCAGCUCUGAGGAUAGAUCCGUGUAUUUCAGACAGGGUGUGACUGCAAGUGAACUCAGUGGAAAAACCUGGAAAAGCAUCAGUGUUCCCCGAGAAGGAGAGCGCUCUCACUCCAGCGCCAGUGGCAGCAGUUUGCAGAGUGCUGGAUGUUUCUUUACUGGUGAAGUACGUGCUCCAUCAGUGGCAAGUGAAGCCGAAUCUGAACCAGAGCGAGCACUGCCAGAGGGACCAGCCAUCUCCACUGAGGCGUUGUGUGAUGCUUCCACAGACUCAUCUGACCCUCCACCCGACAUUCUCAAGCCUCGUAUUCCAAAAGUCACCAGUGAUAGCUUCAUCUCUGAGCUUGUGUCUGACCGAGUGCCAGGGAACAUUUCAAAAGAGAUCCAGCUUCCUCUCGCUCCUGCCCUGGAAGAGGAACCAGCUCCAAGUGAAGUGACACUGACAGAGGUAGCCCUGUCCCCCAUUCAGCCCACGAGGCCUGGGGGCUCUCAGUGGAGCAAUGUGGACCUGGAGGAAGGGCAGAGUGCGCAGGGCCUCGUGCCGGAUGGGGCUGACACCUGCAGCCUGUCUUCAGUCGUCACAUACACUCUGGCCAUGGAGGAUCCCAGCACCAUUGAGGAGCUGCCACUGUGGGCCUGGGUCAGUGCUGGAGCAUGCAAUGUGGACUGUCACUCCCACCUCAACUGGUUCAACUGCCCCCAGAACACAUCAUCUUUGGCUCAGUCGGUGCAGACCCUGAGCCUGUCCGUCACUCCAGCCCAGACAGCGGCCUGGCGAAAGCAGGUCUUUGAACAACUGAAUGAGAGGACAAAAAGAGAAAUGGAUAAUUUCAGGCAUUAUGAACAAGCGGUUGAGCAGUCGGUUUGGGUGAAGAAGGGAACGAUGCAAUGGUGGAGAGAUUGGAAACCUUAUAAGUGGAUCGAUGUUCAAUUUGCUUUGGAGCAGUUCUCUGGACCAGAUGGAAACAAGGAUGGCAUCUUGUUUAUUUACUACAACUUUUAUGAAGAGAAGAAGUAUCUGCAUGCCUUCAUCAACGAGGUCACCAUCCUGGUUCCUGUGCUCAAUGACUCCAAACACACAUUUGCCAUCUACACCCCAGAGAGAACCAAACAGAGGUGGCCCAUCAGACUGGCUGCAGCUACAGAGCUGGAGAUGCAUGACUGGCUGGCGUUACUGAGCGUGUCGUGCUGUGACUCCAGGGGGAUCCACGGCCCCUCCUCAAAGCAGGCCAUUUGGUCAAUCACAUGUAAAGGGGACAUCUUUGUGAGUGAGCCCUCUCCUGCUCUGGAGGCCAUGCCCUAUCCUACACCAUGUGACCAGAUGUUCUGGAGGCAGGUUGGUGGGCACUUACGCACAGUGGAGUGUAACAGUGUGGGUAUUGUUUGGGGCAUUGGCUUCGACCACACUGCCUGGGCCCACACCGGAGGAUACGGAGGGGGCUUCCUUCAGGGAUUACCCAGCUGUACAGACAAUAUCUACACUCAGACUGACGUGAAGAGCGUUUUUAUAUAUGAAAACCAGAGGUGGAAUCCUGUCACUGGCUACACAAGCAGAGGUUUACCUACGGACCGCUACAUGUGGAGUGAUGCUUCUGGACUGCAUGAGUGCACCAAAACAAAUACCAAACCUCCCUCUCCUCAUUGGACAUGGGUGUCAGACUGGGCCAUCGACUACGGCAUCUCCGGGGGCACAGACAAAGAGGGAUGGCAGUACGCUGCUGACUUUCCUGUAUCAUAUCAUGGCUAUAAAACAAUGAAGGACUUUGUGCGGCGUAGACGAUGGGCCAGAAAGUGUAAACUGACCACCACAGGCCCAUGGGUGGAGAUUCCUCCCAUCCCAUUGAGCGACGUGUCCAUCCUGCCAUGUGCUGCACAAAGCAGUGUGGAGGUGGUCCCUCUGUGGGCCAUCAGCAACAAGGGAGAUGUUCUGUGUCGGCUGGGAGUCACGGCACUCACCCCCACCGGAUCCUCGUGGCUUCAUGUUGGUACAGAUCAGCCAUUUAAGUCUGUUUCCAUUGGAGCAGUCAGUCAGGUUUGGGCUAUUGCUAGAGAUGGCUCAGCCUUCUACAGAGGAGCGGUCUCUUCUGAGAACCCAGCAGGCGACAGCUGGUACCACAUCCCUUCUCCAGCCAAGCAGAAGUUGAAGCAAGUUUCUGUAGGCAGAACCUCUGUCUAUGCAGUGGAUGAAAAUGGAAACCUGUGGUACAGACAGGGUGUGGCGCCAAGUUACCCUCAGGGCUCAUUUUGGGAACACAUCUCCAAUAAUGUGCGCAAAGUCAGCAUCGGGCCUUUGGACCAGGUUUGGAUCAUCGCAGACAAGGUCCAGGGAAGUCACAGUCUGAGCUGUGGAACUGUGUGUCACAGACUUGGGGUUCAACCAACUGAGCCGAAGGGACACACCUGGGACUAUGGCAUAGGGGGAGGCUGGGAUCACAUCACUGUCAGAGGAAAUGCGAUGGAUCCACCUCGUUUUCAUCUACCAUCUUUAACAAACUCAUCAUUCACACCCAGCAGGAGCCCAGCCCCCGUCAGGAGCAGAGAGAUCAAUGGAAAUGAAGAGGGCAGUUCAUAA